GCUGAAGGAUCCUUCGUUAGUGGAAGUCCAGUGCUGUGCGCCAAGCUGAAGUACCAUCCAAUUAAGUCAAUAAUCACAUCGUCGGCCUAUCCGCACAUAACUUGGGGGCCGGGGCAGCCGCGCGGUUCUUACAAUGAGUAGCGAUAAAACUUAUCUUCUGCGCAACAUCGACCAGUUAAUGAUAUCCCCCCCCCCCCCCCCCCCCCCCCAACCAAAAACCCCAAAAAAAGUCAUACGGACGCAUGCAAGCUGGACUAGGAGGUUUGCAGCAUUUUUCUUGAUUCUGCAUCAGAUCAUGACCCUUGAUUGGCCUUUGGUGCAUUUACUAAUCCGUUUGUCUUCGGUUGGCCUGCGUAUUGGGUCCAUCGCUCCUAUCGUCUUCUUUCCUCUAGGCAUGCCUUGCAAAGCUUUUCUUGUUUCACAUUAAAGUAAUCACAUGGGUGUGUUUCUCUUUUUUUUUUCAGCGUACGGCCACUUGUUUUGAAGCAUAUAUCAAAGCUGGGGGCCGGAAAAAGUACUGAACCAGUCUGGAUUUUUUAUUGGCCCAUGAAUUUUAACGUGCAUGUGGGUUUGCUGCACCUUGAUUGGUGAGUAGAUAUAUAUGACGAGGGAGAGAGAGAGUUGGAGGUAACUGAGCAAAGCCAUGUGAGCGUCUUUGAUAAGGCAGGCUCUGAUCAGCAUACCCCAGUAGCCACUCUCCUGACAUCACCCCCAGUUGAUCCUGCAGAAAUUUAAAAUAUUCCGUUUUUAACUUCUAUAAAUACCAAAACCAGAGAAACCUUCAGACCAUAAAGCCUUCAGCACUCUGAAACUUAAAACUGCAACAACUUCCAAUACCAGUUCCCUUAUCGCUCAAAUCCCAUCUCGACCCGCUCACAACUUUCCAUACCAAUUGUAUUAGUCAUGGGUAUGCGUCUGCAAUCCGUGCUUCUCAAUGCCAAGCAACUUCUCAAACUGCACUCCAUGCAGACCAGAGGAAGAAAUCAGCCGGACGUUCCCAAAGGCCAUAUUGCAGUCUAUGUGGGAGAGAUCCAAACAAAGAGGUUUGUGAUUCCCAUAUCAUACUUGAACCAUCCUUCGUUCCAAGAUCUGCUUAAGCAAGCUGAGAAAGAGUUCGGAUUCAAUCAUCCAAUGGGUGGCCUAACUUUUCCAUGCAAAGAAGACGCCUUCAUUGAUCUCACUUCUCAAUUGCAUGCCUCAUGAAAGAUCAUGAAGAACGAUAAGCUGUCCUCUACAAUUUUGACAUCUUUUUUCUCCAAUAGACUUCAGAAUAGUACUUUAUAAGUAACGACUUAAUUAGUGGACAUGAGAGCAAGAGUCAAUUGCUCUCCCAUAAAAAUAUGUACACGAUCAUCCUCGUGUAAUGAAGUUAAUUAUAUAUAUCAUGUGUAUAUAUAUAUAUAUAUUAUAUAUUGGAUAUCAAGUUAUCAACUCUUCUGUAACUCCUAAUUAAUUACCAUCUGUUUCUCUAGCUUUUUUGA